AUGGCGCGCUCAACGCGUGUCCUCUCCAAGUCGUCCCCGAGGUCCAACAAGGCCUCUUCCAGUGUGAUGCAAUCCCAUCCAAGUGCCUCCUCCAGUCCGAGGCGUUCUCCCCGUUUGCGUAGUAGCCCCCAACGGCCUGACGCCACCCUCCCGACUGCCCCCAGCCCAAAGCCCGAGAACCUGCGUGGUAACAGCCAUGAGCGUCGGCAAAGCCUGUACGAGCAGCUCGAGCAGCUGGAACAGGAGCAGCAGCAGUAUGUGGCACCCACCCUAUCGGGGAAAGGUGCUCUCGCCAGGGUAUCGGCAGGCCAUCUGCCUCCUAAUGCGGACGCCCCGCGCUCGCCCAACAAGCUUAAGCGUCGCCGCGGGCUGGAUCAUUACGAUCUCGUUCCGUCUUCUCCCCAUGAUUUAGACAAUGAAUUGACAACGCCCCGAACCCUCCGCGCUCUCAAGCGUCAGCGUCUUCUUUUCGAAGCUCCAGCGACUCCUGAGCCUUCCCCUUCUGGGGAUAGGCACGAUCGCCCUGCCAGCCCCUCUUCGGGCGAACACAAGUCUCAGCCUGAACCCGGGUGCCCAGAACUUCCGCCCAAGCAGGCCGAUAGCGAUCUAUGCAUCGUUCAGGCCGACGCCACUGCCCCUGCGGAAGCGCCUGCAAGGGAGGAGCCUGAUGCCUCAUAUGGCGAAGAUGAAGCCGAGCGGGAGCAGUCCGGAAGUGACCUUAGCCAGUCGGUCACCGAGUCGGUCUCGCCUGCGCCUGCGCCGGCAAUGGUUGUCGAAGAAAUGUCCGACGAGGACGUCAUGGUCGCCGAGCUCUCAGGCGCGGAAUCACCGAGCAUCGGCGACGUUACAGAUCUUGCCACCGCUUGUGGACCCUCCCAAUCCGUAUCGGCUGAUCUUUCGGCAUCGCCGGCUCCCGCGUCUAACGACGCCUUACCACCACCCGGUCCCAGUUCCGCACCUGUGCCCCAGCAGCCGCAGCAGGCGCCCGAACCGGCGCUUGAGGAGGCUCAGCCACAGCCGCCGGCACACUCCGAGCCCGAGGUGCCACUACCGCCCGCACCCCUGGCUGUCUAUCUGCCUACGCCCGCCGAACAAUGGGCACAGAUUGCGGCAAAUAUCAACCUGCCGCAGGGCGCCGCCGUGGGCAUGUCCUUACCGCGGUGGCGAUAUGCGGUUGACCGCGCAAGUCUGAAGGCGAGCCGCGGGAUGCGGCCGAGGAACGUGAAAGCCGAGGCGUGGGUUGGCACCUGGAAGCAUGAGAUGAUGGUCCGUGUGGAGGCGGUGAUGGAAUGGGCCACUGCCGAGCUGGUUCGCGUGUACAAUGAGCUGCAGACGCGGGAUGACGCUGUUGACUUCUACAACUUCUCUGCGGAACAUCUCCCGGACGAUGUUGUGGGCAUGAUGGACGUCGAUCAGCCAGAAGCGCAUGAUGUGUCUGCUGAGGAUAUGUACGAAGAUGAUGACAGCGACGAUGAAGACGAAGACGACGAAGACUUCGACGUCCCCGACAAUUCCCACGUUAUCAUGGAAGUCGACAGUAUCGAGCCUGCUCCCGAGUUUGUCCAAGGCAAUUCGUCUUCUGUCGACGCCUCAGAUGUCACAGAGGAGCCGAACAGUGCUCCCGAAGCACCACAAGCUAAUCUGACGAUGCCGCCUUCGUCGAUCCCCCCGCGCUUCCGCAAUCUCACACCCAAGCUCCCCAGACUCUUCUCUUUCCACACCGGUCCGUUCGAGCUGCCUCAGACUACGCCGGACGGCGUCCCUUACGUCGGCCGGGGUACGCCCGUCGACAGGCGGCGCCUGGAUGACUGGGCUAGUCCCCCGCCGCCCCGUCCCCCUCGCUACACCGCCUCCGAGGAGAGCUGGUUUUCAUCCCUCGUCACCACGCCGUCUAUCAUCUCGGGCAACACUUCGUCGCUUACGUCUGACGCGACCUUCGGCGUCCCGACCGAGGUCGGCCCGUUCUGCUGCACGCAGGACGGUCUCUACGGCGCGGAGGGUUCCGUCAUCCCUCCUGACUAUAGCGCGAACGGAAGUGUCGCGGGUGCGAGCACGAGUACGGGCGUGGGCGCGGAUGCGUUCAAUUACCCUACCCCGCAGGACUGGAUCGAGCCGACGCUCCGCGCGCCGAGUGAAUUCCCCGCGUUCCCAGGCGAGCUGACGGAGGGCUUCGCGGGGACUGCUCCCGCGCCGGAGGCGCUUCCUCCUGCGACGCAGCAGACGAAUACGGGCUGCAUGUUCCACAGGACUCUCCUGGAGUGCCUCACGUCGGGUUUGGGCUGCGUGUCGGGCCCGUUCGCAGGCAUGCCGAUGCCGCCACCGCCACCCACUCCGACGAUGGUCCCGUGUAACGUAGAGGCGGCGAAUCCACCAGGCGUGUCCGGCGUGAUGGACGUCGGUACGUAUGACGUCUCGAUGGAACCGGUGUCCGUCCAGGCCUCCAGCGCGCUGAGCCAUGCCCUCGGUUAA